AUGUCGCAUUCUUAUGAGCAGGAAAUGUUGGGGAAGGAAGUGGCUGAAAACAGGCUCGUCACGGCAAAGCAAGGUCUGGCGACUCUACGAGAGAACUACGAGUCACUUCAUUCUUCCUUUGUUGCUCUUGGAAAGUCUCAUGAGGCUUCGGCAGCUUCGCUUUCACAAGCUGUCGCCGAGGCGACUGAAAUUAAGCGGUCUGCAGCGGAUGCCUUGGCCAGUAAGGUUGCUUCAACGGGGUCUUUUGCAAUGUUGACGACGUCUCCGCUACCAUUAGGUGUCAAACCUCUCCUUGAAGCAGGCGGUGGCCUUUCUCGCGCAUCUGAAAUGAGAGACACCAUUCAAGAACUCCAGGGAAAGUUGGGGUCAUCCCAGCGUGUGACUGAUCUCCUCCGAGACAAGCUCCACCAUCUAUCUUCCCAGCUCGCGGAUGCGCAAGCACGGAUCAAAGAUUUCGAAGAUACGGAGCGCGGGACGCUGAGUGUUCUUCGUGACCGCUUGCAAGAUAAGCGGGGCUUGGAAGUUUUGUGCAGUGUCUGGACCAAGGUAGAAGACCUGACGGACCGUCUGGCGAAGCACGAACGGGAAAGUAUUGACGCCCUUGCCACAGCAGCUGGUGUAGAGGCAAAGCUCAUUGCUGUCACUCAUGAAUUACAAAACCUGAAGACGUUCUCAUCAGCAAAUCUCCUUGAGCUGCAGGAGCUGAGGGUCAUCAAGGAGGAGGGUCUUUCCAAGUUGCUUGCAUCUCAAGAAGUCAUCAAUGCCAAGGACAAGGAGAUUAUCGGUUUAAAGGCAGAGGCCAAGGCUCUCGGCGAGUCGAAGGCUGAGUUAAGAGCACUGGUUGCGGAAGCUAAGAAAGCGGUCGCGGAGAAAGACCACGAGCUCAGAGCUAGGGAUUCAAAUACCUUGAUUGUGCAAAAGGUCGAGGACCUGAACUCGCAGGUCGUUUCUGCAGAGGCAUCGUUGAAAGUAACAAGAGAGUGGCUCGCACUAGCUCAAUCCGAGGCUCGUGAGCGUAAGGAGGAAAGCGAUGUCCUCAAGACAAAGGUCGAGAACCUUGAAGUCGCUCGUGCCGAAUGGGAGGGUCUGAAUUCUAAGUUACAAGCACAGAUUCAAGAUCUUACUACUAGAGAGGCACUGGCUGUCCGGACGACCCAACUAGUUCAAGCUGAGAUCAAGCGGGUCACAGCGGAAGCCAAGAAGGCCAGCGAGGAAGCGAGUAAAACUGUCGAAUCGCUUCGCCAAGCGAAUUGUCGGUUGGAGGACCGAUUGGAUGAACAAAGUACGGCUCUAGUGUCAGCGAAUGACAUCAACAAUGCACUCUGGGCUAAAUUGGAUGAGCAGACGGCUGCUUUAACGCUAGCCAAGGAGCAGAUCACUGCGAAUGAGGUGAAAUCUGCCGUUUGUCAUGAUACUUUAGUGAUUGUUGAUAUACUUCGACCUCAGGCGGGCGUUCAAGAGAUCGUUCACAACCUCAGGACGGAAUUCGCCGUUGCCCAUGAGCAGAAACUCGCGCUUGAGCAUGAGGCCGCGAACCUCAAAGCAUCAUUCAAUCAACUUGCUCGGGAAUCCGCCGCCUCACUGGCAGCUGCUCAAGUGGACUUUGAGAAAAAGAUGAACAAGCAGGAGAAAGCUAACGAGCGACGUGUCUCGGCGCAAGAAAAACGCGCUGUUGCCGCUGAGAAGGCGGCCACUCUGGCGGAGACUGACGCUAAGGAAGCAAGAGCGGCGAGGGAGGAGCUUGCUGGUAGGCUUUGUUUGGCGGAGAUGUCUGUGAUUGCGAUUGCUGAGGAUGGCGAGGCUGCGGCGACGAGGGAGUCUGGGCAGAUGAAGAUCAUGAAAGCUCGAGCUGAGGAGCUGGAGGCAAGAAUGGGCGAAAUGACGAAGCAUGCGGAAACGCUUUUGAGUCGGUACCAUGAUGGGAACUUGACCGACUCAGAAAAGGACCUGGUGAACCAUGUUAUUCUUCAAACGCAAACGAGUUACGAACAGGACGUCGUUGCUAAGGAUAAUGAGCUUCGAAAAGUUAAUGUCAUCAUAUGUGUGUUGAAACCUACUGACCUCGAUCUCCCAGCGUGA